GCCCGAGGGAAGAGAGGAGGGCGGGGAGCCCGGCCUGUCAGGCGCGGGGCCCCGGAGCGGGGCGCAGCCCGGGCGGCCGAGCACGGACAUCCCCGGGGAUCCCACCGGGAGGGGAGCGGCCUGGGGGGGACCCCAACGCCCGGCGCGAGUCUGGGACGGCUCGCGCUCCCCCAGCGGGUGGUUCCUGCGCCCGCGUGUGGGGCGCCGGCUCCCGCAUCGCGUUUGGAGGUUCCCGGCGGAGGGAGGCCCUUGCACCAGUGAAAAGGGAACGAGCGGGGAGGCGAGCCUCGCCUGGCGUCAGCCCCGCGCCAGCCGCCGGACGCGGGGCUCGGGGUUGGCUUGGUUCGGGGUUUCCAUCAGCCGUCCCCCAGCCCUGGGAGCCGACCCCACAGAGCCACCCUCGCGGCCGCCCCCUGAGCCUCGGGCAGCCACUGAUGCGGUGGUGACGGCAAACAGCUAGGCGUGUUGAAGGACCGCGGGAGGACAGGGAUCCCCAGUGCCCAGCCCGUGACGAUGCCGGACACACGGGAGGCCCUCCGUCGGGAUUGCGGAGUGAAUGACCGGUUGCAGGUUCCGAGGGCGGGAUUACCUUCUGCGUGUUUAUUCUUUCUGCGGAUGUUUACCGCAGGCCUGCCGCGUGCCAAGCCCGCUCAAUCAGUUGCGAAGCCUGCAGAGCUGACCAAGACAGUCCCUGCACACAAGAGCCGUGCAGAGCCAGCAGGGACUCGUCAAGUAACAGGACCGGAAGGGAUGCCUUGGAUUUGCCAGUUAGGAAGCCUCUGCUCUCCCCCGAGGAGAGCCAUUGUAGGGGAUCAGGAGCCAGACAGGGCUUCUGAGUGGUGACCGGAAAGUGAGAGGAGGAGGAAAAAGAGAGCGGCAGCAGUGGGGUGGGGGAUAGAGCAGAGGGGAAUGUCAUCUCUGCCCUGGGACCUGUUUUUCCCUUUCCUAUCUUGUUUUUCAGUAUGGUGGAGAUGAUCAUGCGUCUGUGCCAGCCGUGUGCAAUAGAAAUAUAAUGGAAGCCACAUAUAUAACCUUAAAUUUUCUAGUCACAUUUUAUUUUUUAAUUUAAUUUUUUUUUUUUUUUUUUUUUUUGCCCAGCGCCCUGCUGGGCUGGGCCCUCUGCAGCGAAAGCGAAAGCGAGGAGUCCUGACCAAUGCACCGCCAGGAAAUUCCCAGCAGUCACAUAUUAGAAACUUCCGACUGGGACUCCGAAUGCCUUACAUCCCUGCAGGCGCUUCCUCUUCCCACACCCCCAGCCGCAAAUGAAGCACACCUGCAAACUGCGGCCAUCUCCCUGUGGACCGUGGUGGCGGCCGUGCAGGCUAUCGAGAGAAAGGUGGAGGUCCACAGCCGGCGACUCCUGCACCUGGAAGGACGGACAGGGACGGCUGAGAAGAAGCUGGCUAGCUGCGAAAAAACAGUGGCUGAUCUCGGGAACCAGCUGGAGGGCAAGUGGGCGGUGCUGGGGACCCUGCUGCAGGAGUACGGGCUGCUGCAGAGGCGGCUGGAGAACUUGGAGAACCUGCUGAGGAACAGGAACUUCUGGGUCCUGCGGCUGCCCCCUGGUAUUAAAGGAGAUAUCCCAAAGGUGCCUGUGACAUUUGAUGAUAUCUCCAUCUAUUUUUCCACUCCAGAGUGGGAAAAAUUAGAAGAGUGGCAAAAGGAGCUUUACAAGAAUAUCAUGAAGGGCAACUACGAGUCUCUCAUCUCCAUGGAUUAUGCCAUGAAUCAACCUGAUGUCUUAUCUCAGAUUCAGCCAGAAGCAGACCAUAAUACAGAGGAGCAGGCAGGGCCAGAGGAAAGUGAGAUUCCCACAGACCCCAGUGAAGAACCUGGCAUUUCGACAUCAGACAUUCUGUCUUGGAUUAAACAAGAGGAAGAGACGCAGGUUGGUGCCCCACAGGAGCCCAAGGAGAGUGACAUGUGCAAAGGCACCUAUGCUGACGAAGAGCUUGUCAUCAAAGCGGAAGGCCUCGCCAGAGCCUCCCUGUGCCCCGAGGUGCCGGUCACCUUCUCUUCUCCACCAGCAGCAGCAGCUAAGGAUACGUUUCCGGACGUGGCCUUCAAAAGCCCGCAGUCUGCGCCCAUGGCACCGUUUGUACGUCCAGCCACCGACCUGGCCGAAGCCUCUGAGGGACAAGUGACUUUCACGCAGCUGGGCAGCUACCCCCUCCCGCCGCCGGCCGGGGAGCAGGUGUUCUCCUGCCACCACUGCGGCAAGAGCCUCAGCCAAGACAUGCUGCUGAGCCACCAGUGCGGCCCCCCGGGGGAGCACUCGGCCCCCUGCGCCCAGUGCCCCAAGCACUUUCCCCCGCAGGCCGCCGGCGGCCCCCAGCCCCCCGCCAGCGAGGCGCCCCCCACCUGCCCGCACUGCGCCAGGACUUUCACUCACCCGUCCAGACUCACCUACCACCUCCGGGUCCACAACAGCGCCGAGCGCCCCUUCCCCUGCCCCGACUGCCCCAAGCGCUUCGCCGACCAGGCGCGCCUGGCCAGCCACCGGCGGGCCCACGCCAGCGAGCGGCCCUUCCGCUGCGCGCAGUGCGGCCGCAGCUUCAGCCUGAAGAUCAGCCUGCUGCUCCACCAGCGGGGCCACGCGCAGGAGCGGCCCUUCUCCUGCCCACAGUGCGGCAUUGACUUCAACGGCCACUCGGCCCUGAUCCGCCACCAGAUGAUCCACACGGGCGAGCGGCCGUACCCCUGCCCGGACUGCAGCAAGAGCUUCAUGCGCAAGGAGCACCUGCUCAACCACCGGCGGCUGCACACGGGCGAGCGGCCCUUCAGCUGCGCGCACUGCGGCAAGAGCUUCAUCCGCAAGCACCACCUCAUGAAGCACCAGCGCAUCCACACGGGCGAGCGGCCCUACCCCUGCGCCUACUGCGGCCGCAGCUUCCGCUACAAGCAGACGCUCAAGGACCACCUGCGCUCGGGCCACGGGGGUGGCUGCGGCGGGGACAGUGACCCCUCUGGACAGCCGCCGGACCCCCCGGGUCCCCUCCUAACUGGGCUCGAAACCCCUGGCCUGGGCGUUAACACCGAAGGUCUAGAGGCCAAUCAGUGGUAUGGGGAAGGGAGUGGAGGCGGGGUUUUGUGAAUCUCUUUCUUUUCAGGGUUAUCCGUGUCCGCAGCGGGGCAGGAGGAAGGCCCGGGAGCCCCUCCACCUGCCGCGGUAAUGACCACCUGGCAAGUCCGUGAGUUUGGGGUCCUGUGCACUUGACCGUGCUUGAGUUUCAGAACUUCACAGGAACAGCACAUUGUGAAACCCAGGAAGACCUGGAAGAGAGCCCAGCUUCCCCAUCUUUUCGAAAACAUUACCUAAGCAGAAGUUACAAGAAUGUUGCCGAGAGGUUGGAAGGCAAGAUUCGGCCUCUGGUGACCCAUCACAGGGUAGCAGAUUGAUAAUGGUUUAGCUCUAGGUAGAGUCAGGUGCACGAAGAGCCUCCAAGGCUGGAAGCCCACAGUGAGGCAGAGACUGUCUAAGUGAGACUUUCAGCACCCCUUGAUGGUAAGACGGUUGUUAGAAGAAAGCGCCCAAGCCUCGGCGCCCACCCCUGCUCCUCCCCGACAGCGGCUCACGUCAGCUCAGGUGCUUAGGUACUGCCCCUCCCGAAAUGAUGACUCAAGACUGCCUUCCUAGGUCUCCUAGAUUAAUUCUUCUAAUAUAUUUUGUUUAAUAUUGGGUGAGCAAAAAAUCUGACUUUAAAAGCUUCUUAAGAAGAACAGUACUUUCAUUAGCUUAAUUUGAAGCAUUCAGGCUUUUACUGCCAUUUAAACUGCUAGAAACCUUUUCCAAGGUCCCGGUUAAAAAUUUGGGAUCAGGAUUCUCAGCACCAGCUUUAAAAGCUAGAGAUCCCAGAGAAAUGGCAGCACAGCCUGGAGUGUGGGCCUGAGCCACGCUUCUCCGAGUCACUGGUGUCCUGUUCUUCCUUAUCGUUUCCAAGCCAGUGAGCCUUCUCCAUUCCUGGUGUCUGGUGUUCUGACGGUCAUCAGCAGGAGGGUCGUAGCACUUUCCAGAAGCAUCACAGAGUUUUGGGAAGGGCCAGUGGGCUCUCAUCUCUCACUUCCUCAGCAGUGAGAUGGUAGUUACAGUGCAGCUUUCUUGAGCUGGCAGAGUGUCUGUCCCCCCCCCCCCCCCGGUGAUACACAGAUUGAGGGACUUCGUAGACCCCUAAGAGCUAAGCACUGGGCACGGACGAGGACAGCCUCUUCUUGCUGGCUUUGGUUCUGGGGACCUUGGCUACCGUGUGUUCUUUUGUCAGGGUCAGUCAUCUGGGAGCAUCUGAGCCUGGUCCCAUGGCUAAGUGGCUUUGCAGUGGGGCCACUUCCCUUUACAGAUCUCAGGUUUUCAUCUGCAAAAUGAGGCUGGUGAAAGGAAAAAAGUGAACCUUUAGAAUUAAAAAAUAAUAAUAAUAAUCUUGUGGUACAUUCCUUCUCCUGCCAAAAUCCUAUCUCUAUCUUUGGCUUUUAUCCAGGCAAAGCAAAAUAAGACAGCACAAUCAAAGCAGAGACAUUCUUGCUGAAACUUGACUGAAAUCAGUUUGAUUUGUUGUUUUACUCUUGCUUGGAGACUAGAGUAGAAGACAGGGAAUGCAGAAGCCCGAAGUCUUGGGCAGAAAAGUUGUUUGUACCUGUACUCUCCUGUUUCCCCCAAAUCUUUCUAAGAUGGCUGUGACAAGGUCUGUGAGCAUUUAGGCAAGACACUUUCUUGAUGAAGUGAUAAGGGAAGGACCCAUUUUUUUCCCUUAUCACCCAGCCCAAACUUCACCCUGCUUAGUUAUGUGUAACCACACUAGAAAAAGUGUCACCCCAGCUAGCUUUGCUCCUGGGAAGACUCUGUCGGAACAUGCUGCUCUUUAGGAAAAUCACAUUUAUAAAAUAUCUGCUCUGUGAUAUUCACAACAGCAGGCAUCAUGGGAGGCUUGAGAAAUGUGAAUGAGACCUGGUCCACUGUCAUAAUUUACAGUCUGAAGGCAAGGGUAUGGAACAAAUCAAGAGAGAUGAUAAAUGGAAUCCUGGCAUGUGGGAUUAAGAGUUUUCUAGCCAGAAUCUGGACACCUACCAUGAAAAAUUGAGGGGGUCUGGGAACCUCAAAGCCAGGGUUCCAGCUUCACUGGUGACUCACUAGGAACUUGAGUGUGAGAUCCAGCUCUGGUUUGCCUCUUGAUCUCCCUAAUGAACAGGAAGAAGAAUCAAAGUACUGUGUUUAUGUGGUGAGCUCCCUUUUCCCAACAGGUGGAUCUGAGCAUUUGCCAGGGUUUGCCGGAGAAGACACUCCUACACUAGGGCUGAUGAUGGACGAGAUGAUGUGAAAAUUCUUUUUGACUCAAUGGUUUACUGAGGACGAAGAGCUUAUUAAUGAAAGAGACCUGUGGAUUAAAAUGCUGCAGAUAGGUUCCCACAGUCCCUUUUGCAAGGAACUGUAGCCAGCAGGGACCCACACUUUGGCAAGAAGUGAACAGAGUUCAAGUACCAGUGAGGCAAGAGCCAUGAAGCUGAAUGAAAGAGAACGGGCAGCGUCAUGCCACAAAGAUGGACGUAGAUGUAAUCCAGUCCUCAGGCUGUGAACAAACCAGGGGUUCAGCUACGGUACAUUCUGGUCUCUUUUCCCUCUGCCAGUCUUCUAACAGGUAGAAUUCCAGGCCAGCUCUAAAUUAGAGUUUGUUUGCUUAAAAUUCAAAAGUGGAUAAGUAGAAUAGACCAGUGGAAAAGCUAAGUCCAACAGAGAGAUUCCAGUGUGUGGAGAAACCUGGUGCGUCAAGGGCUCCUGAGACAAACCACACGCUUAACAGCAACUGAGGUCGUCCUGACCAGACACGAUAGGAAAGCGGAAAACGUAGAACCAUCGCUCUUCAGCAUCCGCCCUCUGGACUGGGAAGUCUGUACUGUCACAUAAAUAGGCAGCAUCUCCUUGGAGUGGAUCCAGCUGUAACCAGACUCACUCUUUGCUUACUAGGUUUUUCAUUAUCACCGUGAGAUGAACCUCCGGUUCAGUCGCUGAUGUGAACGUAAAUGGAGUUGACUGUCUAGAAAGUGAAAGAAGAUGACUCGGAUCUUUUCUGUUGGAUAAUUGUUACUGGAACAUCGUGGCUGGGCUCUAGCUACUUUACAUAACUUCCUAGCAGUGCUUUACAUAACUUCUCUCACCAUUAAUAAUAGUCUGCAGACUUCCUGUUGGGGGACUCCACUGCUGCUGGGGCUUCUUUUUGCAGCAUUUUAAACUAUUUGGGUGUCCAUGCCUGUCUCAGCCAGGACCAGAGCCUGUGGCUUACUAGGGAGUAGCAGAUGUUCACCGUCUCAGUCUGCAAAAGGCUUGUUGAUAAAAGAGGACCCGAGUUCCUUUAUCUGUUCAUUCCAAGUGGGAUGGAGAACCCAGAUUUCUGCUCAGAUUUCAUCUUGAGGAGAGGCAGGACACCCUGUCCCACCCCCACAUCCCAUGUUGUGGCUUCUUAGAGAAUAAAAAGCAUCCUCCUCAGCUGCCUGAGGGCUGCUGAGACGCGAUGAGGGAAAAUGAGUCUCCCCAAAAGGUUCUCUCAGGCCAGGAACUCUGUCAUCAUCAGAGCUGUGUUCUUUCUGUGUGCUUGGUGGGUACCUUUGACCCUGUUCUCUUCACUCUACAAAGGAAGCAGUCUUCUCACAGGGUUUUACACAGAGGACAUUCUUUGACUUGGGAAGUGUCAGGCUCUUAUAAGCAAAAGAUAUUCAAGUUAGGGCAGAUUGGCGGGGGAUGGGAGUAGGGAGUGCUUGGGCCUUGUAAGGACACACUGUGUGGGUUAGUUCAGCUUAAUGGUUUAGAGCAUGGACUAGAUUCAGACCUAGAUUCAAGUCCUGACAUCAUAAGAAGUAACAUAACUUACAUUAUUUAACCAUCAUGAGCCUAGUUUCCUUAUUUGUAAAAUAGAAUGAUGCUGUAUCUCGGAGGUGUCAGGGUUUGGGGGGAACCUGUGAAAGUACUUGGCACAGAGCCUGGACAGCCAUCGUGAAAGGUGCAGGCCCCACUAGAGAGGAGCAGUGUAGAGAACUGGGGCCGCUGCUGCUCUGCAGAACUAUGUGAUUGCCUGAUGGCUUAGAUUUUGCCUACCGUCUUUUGCUUCCAUUUAACCUGUUCUUUUACUCUAUCUUUUCUGUAUCUUCUGGCUCCCAAAAGUUUGUGUGUGCCAUGACACCAGGUGGUUCUGAUUCUCUUGACUUUGCCUAGUUCAGAUUCUCAGGUGUGGGAUCUGGCCCCCUUUUCUUUCUAUAGCAGGCACAGAAGUCCCCAGCCAGUCCUUGGACUGGCUGCCCUUGGGUUACAUGCUCAUCUUGGUUCAGUCAGCUGUAGUUGGGAGGGAAGGUCCUAGGUCUCUGCACAGGUUCUGUGGGCCUGGUAGACUUACUUGGGAACACGCAAAUGGUGGCACAGUGAGGUGUUUCUAGUACUGCCAGGAGAGGAAAGACUCUGUUUCACUAGUAUCAGGCUUCCUUGAAAGACUUCUACCUCAUCAGCACAUCAUAGACCAGAGCUCAUGGCCCCUGUGUAAAGGACCUGGAAAGUGCUGUUUCUGUAUCUUGCAAAAGAAAUAAUUUGUUACUUUCUAGGGUGUUAUUCCUCCUUUCUGGCCUGGCUCCACUUUCUUUUUAAAUAUGUAACUCUGGCCAUAAUUCUAUUUAUACACACAUACACAAUGACUUUUGUCAACUUGGUCAAAUUGCCUCUUCCAAACAAAAAAUAAUUCCACCCCUUAAGACCAACCGCCCACUAAAGAAUGCAGAGAGGUAAAGUCAAAUCAGAGAGGCCUCAAAAGCACUGUGCUGCAGUGCUCUUAAAAUUUCCAGGUUACAUUUCAAAUAAAAGAUUUGAUAAAACCUCAUUGGGCUACAUGGCUUUGUGUCUGCUAUUAGCAAAGCCAGUAUUUACUGUAAAAUCUUGAAGCUGGUCUAAAAAUUAAGGUACCCAAGAACUGGGGCCAUGUCUUAUUUUGUAUUCCUCCUGGCACCACGUGCUGUCAGGGCCAUGGAUGUCUGAAGAAUGAUCACGCAGUGGGAGGACUGCCUGAACAGGGGUUAAAAAUGAUUCUGGUAGUAGCUCAACAUUCCCUACCUGCUUGGUACAGAGCAGCCACUUAAAUUGUGUAGAUCUCAUUUUCCUAAUUCUAAGGGGCAGAUUGAACAAGGUGGUAAUAUAAGGUCCCUUCCAACUCUGAAAUCAUAGAAUUUAAGAUUUUACUUCCUGGUCCUGUUUUCCUUGUCUGGUUUCUCCCCAGGUUCUGUCCUAGUGAGUGAUUCCUUUGACACAGCAGAGUGAACACGUUGGAGAGGUGUGCGUUAUCUCAGAGCCUCGUUCUAACUACAUUAUGAUUACUCCAAAGCCAUACAAACUGACAAAAUUCUAGCAAAACUAUAAAAUUUUCAUUUUAAAUACACAGUAUGUGUUUGAUUGCAUUUUCAAGCAUAGGAAAACACACCAAUAUAAUGGUUGUCCUAGGGUGCUGGGGUCAUUCAGUGGUUAUUUUUUCCUGUAAAUUUUGUGUAAUGUAAAACAUUUUAUGUGUAGCACUUCUAAUGCUUUUAUAAAAAUAAGGAUUAUUAUAAUUAAAG